UUCAUUAAUGGGAUCAGUCUUAGAAAAGCUUCAGAAUGGUUCGGAAGGAUUUUCAGUGCGUGUUUUGUUUUCUUCUGCUGGCGGGUGAUCGGUGUUCUUGGGCAGAGAUCCCUAAGACGCCAUCAGAAGUGGGAAGUGAUGCCAAAAUGGAAGAUUUUCAAGGAAUUUCCGCGGCUGAAAGCGGGAUAAAUCCACAUUUUCAUCGAAUUCCGCCUCCUCUUCCUCCUCCUGGCCAUAUGAUGCCUCCGCAGAGUCCUCCAGUUCAUCUGCCAUCUCCUCAGAAUCCUCCAUCACAUCCUUCGCAUUAUUCCAAUGAAUUCUACCCCAAUCCCCAGAGGUACUAUCCAUCUCAUCCGUCUUUUAAUCGAAAUCCGGAAGAUGAGACUCUCCAGGAGAUGAAGCAAACCAUGGCCACAUUUUCGGGCAUGCAAAAGGAAUUCUUGAACACCUUAAGGACACUUCAAGAUUCUCAAACUUCUCCUCCAGUUGUUGAACAACGUGGAAAUGAGGAAGAAAGUUACUCCAGAAUUCCAAAAGAUACUCAAGUGAAUAAUAUCAGGGAUGUGCUUGGAAAAGUGACCAGGAAGAAUAAAGCAAGGCCUACCACAACAACCACCGUUGUCCAGACAGUUCCUCAGCCUAUCCAGACACCGACCACAGCCCUCCAGGGCCUUAAUCUGAACACCAAUGGAUUGAGGAACUUUCUGGACAGGACACUUUCCAUAUCUCACGCUGAGAAAACCUUCGACAUGAUCAAAUCCGAUAUGUUUGAUGCCCUGUGGACAGGGAUUAUUGUGAUUGCAGUGAAGAUGGCUCCGUUGAUUCUGAUGUGCAUUAGGUUGAUUUUCAAGGCAAUUUUACCGUUGGUCGGGAUGAGUUUGCUCAAUAGAACUCCUGCAGAUGCAACUAGGCUUCUGCUCCCAUCAGAUGCACCCAGGCUCUUCUUACCUUUUGUUACUCAAGAUACAACCACAACAGUUCAGCAGGAUGUGGAAGUAGAGGAAGAUCAAAAUUUGGAUGAUGAGUUUGAAAAUAUCAAGAGAAACUUCUACAGAUAAGAAAGCUUGCAGAUAAAGAUGCAGAAAAAUUCGUCAACAAUUUAUUUGAAUUCAUUAUCACUGCGUUAUGCAUCUUAAACGCCAUCUUCUCCAUUCUUUCUUCAAUAAACACCUCCACCGAUAUAAUAUUUUUUUAAAAAGAAAGCUUAGAUAAUUUUUUUGCUGUUAGAUUAUUUUCUGUCAGAUGUAAAAAUGAAUUUUCAAUAAAAGAUUUUGUCUGAUAGUGUG